AGUCUGAAGUAGCCAAUUUUAGCCGCGGGGCUGGAGACGCGAGAGUAGAGGUACCCUGCAGCGUUUUGCAGCGCUAGACGUAAUGGCGGACAGCCGGGAUCCAGCUAGCGACCAGAUGAAGCUCUGGAAGGAGCAGCGAGCCGUGCAGAAACCUGAUGUCUUGACCACCGGAGCGGGUAAUCCGAUAGGAGACAAACUCAAUAUUCUUACAGCAGGGCCCCGCGGGCCCCUUCUUGUUCAGGAUGUGGUUUUCACUGAUGAAAUGGCUCACUUUGACCGGGAGAGAAUUCCUGAGAGAGUCGUGCACGCCAAAGGAGCAGGGGCUUUUGGCUACUUUGAGGUCACGCAUGACAUUACCAGAUUCUCCAAGGCGAAGGUGUUUGAGCACAUUGGAAAGAGGACGCCCAUUGCAGUUCGCUUCUCCACUGUUGCUGGAGAAUCGGGCUCAGCUGACACAGUUCGUGACCCUCGAGGGUUUGCAGUGAAAUUUUACACGGAGGAUGGAAAUUGGGAUCUUGUUGGAAAUAACACCCCCAUUUUCUUCAUCAGGGAUGCCAUAUUGUUUCCAUCCUUCAUCCACAGCCAAAAGAGAAACCCUCAAACGCACCUAAAGGAUCCUGACAUGGUCUGGGACUUUUGGAGCCUGCGUCCUGAGUCUCUGCAUCAGGUUUCCUUCCUGUUCAGCGACCGAGGGAUCCCAGAUGGACACAGGCACAUGAAUGGUUAUGGGUCGCACACUUUCAAACUGGUUGAUGCGAAUGGGAAGGCUGUUUACUGCAAAUUCCAUUAUAAGACUGACCAAGGCAUCAAAAACCUUUCUGUUGAAGAUGCAGCAAGACUUGCCCAGGAAGAUCCUGACUAUGGCCUCCGGGAUCUUUUUAAUGCCAUUGCCACAGGCAACUACCCCUCCUGGACUUUUUACAUCCAGGUCAUGACAUUUAAACAGGCAGAAACUUUCCCAUUUAAUCCAUUUGAUAUUACCAAGGUUUGGCCUCACAAUGACUACCCUCUUAUCCCAGUUGGUAAACUGGUCUUAAACCGGAAUCCAGUUAAUUACUUUGCUGAGGUUGAACAGUUGGCUUUUGACCCAAGCAACAUGCCGCCUGGCAUUGAGCCCAGCCCUGACAAAAUGCUUCAGGGCCGCCUUUUUGCCUAUCCCGACACUCACCGCCACCGCCUGGGACCCAACUACCUUCAGAUACCUGUGAACUGUCCCUUCCGAGCUCGAGUGGCCAGCUACCAACGUGACGGCCCCAUGUGCGUGCUGGACAAUCAGGGUGGAGCUCCAAAUUAUUACCCCAACAGCUUUGGUGCUCCGGAGCAGCAGCUUUCUGCCCUGGAACACAGGACCCACUGUUCUGGGGAUGUGCAGCGCUUCAACAGUGCCAGCGAUGAUAAUGUCACUCAGGUGCGGGCUUUCUAUUUGAACGUACUGAAUGAGGAGCAGAGGAAACGCCUGUGUGAGAACAUAGCGGGCCAUCUGAAAGAUGCACAACUCUUUAUCCAGAAGAAAGCGGUUAAGAACUUCAGCGAUGUCCAUCCUGACUAUGGGGCCCGCAUCCAGGCUCUUUUGGAUAAAUACAACGUUGAGAAGCCUAAGAGCGCGAUUCACACCUAUGUAAAUCCUGGGUCUCACUUGGCUGCAAGGGAGAAAGCUAAUCUGUGAGGGUCGUCCGUUCCCUAUGAAGCAAAGCAUAAUGCUGACACACAUGCCCACUCAUCGCUGGAUGGAAGAUUCUCCUGCGCCAGACAUACAGAUGCAAGUUUAUGUCUGUAAAAUGAUAAUCCCAGGUUUCUAUAGCAAAUAACGUAAUAAUGGCUUUUAAUGCUAUCUUCCUAGGGGUAAAUGAACGUUAGCGCUUAACAAUCAUUUGAAAGAAACGUGUAUUUGCUUUUGACAGCUGAUUAUUUACUUAAAAUGACUAGAAUGAAAGUUUCUAACAGAAAUACGAUUUUAUUUGAUAAGAAAAAAUCUUGGUGAAAUUAAUAUGUUUACAUAUCAUCUCAUGGCCUGUUAUAUAAAAAUAUGGCUGUAAUUAUAUAAGAAGAAAAGAUAAAGAUAAUCCACUCAGAAAUUUAAAUUUUUCUAAGUUCCUUAUAGGAAGCACAAUUUGGUGUCUUUUGAAAAUAACUUCAGUACCAUCAUGGCUUAAUGUUUAUUCCUGCUUGGAACUGAUCAGAGUUUUUAAAACUUGGAAUUACAUUUAUGCUAAUAUAGUAUUGAUUUUGCAACAGGCUGAUGUGUAAUUACUUAUCUUUUUACAAUAAAAUAAUCUGUAAAUAAAAAUAGAAGACUGGUAUUUGGUUUCUUUAGGCUCCAUAUAUAACUUGGAAUGUCUCAAGACUCUGAAUCUGAGUGUCAUCUGUUAUCAGAUACUUACCCGUAUAAUUGAAAAUAUCAACCUCACGAGGGUAGUAUGUUAUUUGUUUAAACCAGUAGCCUUUAGACAUAGCCUCUGAGAUACAGGGGACCAGAACUUUAUUCUAUUGGAAAAACAGCAAAUUUCCCAGCUUUGAAAAUUGCUUAGAUCUCUUGUUCAUUAGCUCACUUCUUUAUCUAAUUAUGAGUUUUAAUUAAAAAAAAUUUUUCCUUUUUUUCUUCCCAGUUUUAUUGAUAUAUAAUUGGCAUAUAGCACUGUAUAAAUUUGACUCACAUACAUCAUGAAAUGAUUAUCACAAUAAGUUUAGUUAAUGGGAAUGCCCUGGUGGUCCAGUGUUUAGGACCCAGUCCUCUCACUGCCAGAGGCCCAGGUUCGAUCGCUGGUUGGGGAGCUAAGAUUCCGCAAGCUGCAUGUUGCGGCCAAACAAAAAAAAUAAGUUUAGUUAACAUUAAUUAUCUCAUAUAGAUACUGUACGACAUUAAAGAACUGGAAAAAAUUUUUUUUUCAUGUUAUGAGAACGCUUAGGAUUUACUCUCUUAACAAUUUUCAUAUGUAACACACAGUAGCAUUAAUGAUAUUUAUUGUACAUGACAUCUCUAGUACUUAUUUAUCUUAUAACUAGAAAUUUGUACCUUUUUUUUUUUUUGCGGUACGCAGGCCUCUCACUGUCGUGGCCUCUCCCGUUGCGGAGCACAGACUCCGGACGCGCAGGCUCAGCAGCCAUGGCUCAUGGGCCCAGCCGCUCCGCGGCAUGUGGGAUCCUCCCGGACCGGGGCACGAACCUGUAUCCCCUGCAUCGGCAGGCGGACUCUCAACCACUGCGCCACCAGGGAAGCCCGAAAUUUGUACCUUUUGACUGCAUUUUUCCAGUUCCCCUCUCCCCUACCCCCACCUGAUAGUAACCACAAAUCUGAUCUCUUUUUCUUUUUUUAAAAAAAUUAAUUAAUUUUGGCUGCGUUGGGUCUUUGUUGCUGCAUGCGGGCUUUCUCUAGUUGCGGCGAGUGGGGACUACUCUUUGUUGCUGUGUGCGGGCUCCUCAUUGCCGUGGCUUCUCUUGUCGUGGAGCGUGGGCUCUAGGCGCGUGGGCUUCAGUAGUUGUGGCACACGGGCUCAGCAGUUGUGGCUCGCGGGCUCUAGAGCGAAGGCUCAGUAGCUGUGGCGCACGGGCUUAGGUGCUCUGCAGCAUGUGGGAUCUUUCCAGAUCCCCUGCAUUGGCAGGUGGAUUCUUAACCACUGUGCCACCAGGGAAGUUCCUGAUCUCUUUUUCUGAGUUUGUUGAUGAAGUAUAAAUAACCUACAACACGACUUUAGUUCCUGUUAUACAACAUAGUGAUUCAGUAUUUCUGUACAUUUAAAAAUGAUCACCACUAUAAGUCUGAUUAUGAUAUGUAUAAUACCAUACAACAAUAUUACAUAGUUAUUGACUAUAUUCCCCACACUGUACAUUUCAUACCUAUGACUCAUUUAUUUUGCAACUGGAAGUUUGUACCUCUUAAUCUCCCUCACCUGUUUCUUUCCUCCCCCUACCACCCUCUCCUCUGGGAAAUUUGUUAUGAUUGUUCGUUUUGGUUUUUAGAUGCCACAUGUAAAUGAAAUCGUGCAGAAUU